AUGCCCGUCGCAAACGGCUUCAUCAGGACUGUCGCCGGUGGCAACAAAUUCACCUCGACCUUCAUUAUCGAUGACACUCAGUACCACUUCAGCGGCAACUUCAACCCCCCCGUUCAGGAAUUCAUGAGCAACGAUGCUAGGCUGGAGUACGAGUCCCCCGAGCAGCUAACCACUCAUCAAGGCUUUGAUGGAAAGAUAGGCACCUCGGAUACCUUGUUGAGCAUCCAAAACGGCCCAAGCAUUACGGGCCAUCUCAACAUGCCCAUCAGCCCGGCAUCGCGCGUUUGCGGAAGCGGGACCUGGUCCCAGGACUGA